AUGGCACCACACGCAGACUCAGAGAAGGCCGGUGUAGCCCCCAACGAGCCGGGACUCGAUGAGCCCUCCGCAGCACUCCAGUUUGCCGACAAGCACGAAGAACGUGAUUAUCUCAAGGGUCGUCUUGCCGCAGCGUUCAGGAUCUUUGGAAAGUAUGGGUUUGACGAAGGCGUGGCUGGUCACAUCACUCUUCGCGAUCCUGUAGAUCCCGACACUUUCUGGGUCAAUCCCUUUNNGGUGGCAUUCUCACUAAUCAACAAGUCCGACCUGAUCCAUGUCAACGAAGAAGGCGAGAUCAUUGGCGGUGGCGAGACCAGGCUGCUCAACACAGCAGCAUUUAUGAUCCACAGCGCCAUCCACAAAGCCAGACCUGAUGUUAUGGCUGCAGCACACAGUCACAGUAUCUACGGCAGAUCCUUCUGCACAUUAGGCAGGAAGCUGGACACGAUUACACAGGACGCAUGCUCGUUCCAUGGAGACCAUGUCCUCUACGAGUCGUUCAAUGGCAUUGUUCUCGCCGCUGAGGAAGGAGAGAACAUUGCCAAAUGUCUCGGCAACAAGAAGGCGGCACUGCUGCAGAACCAUGGUCUCUUGACUGUGGGCAAGACGGUGGAAGAGACGGUUUUCUGGUUCGUGUCUCUUGAGAAGUGCUGUCAGGCGCAGCUGCUCGCAGACGCGGCAGCAGGGGGCCGUGGAGGCGAGACCAAAAAGAUUGAUGAAGAGGAUGCGGUGUACACAUUCAAGGCGAUUGGAUCCCCAAUGGCAGGGUACUUCAGUGCCAAGCCAUUGUUUGAUGUGAUUCACAAGGAGACAGGAGGUGACUACCUUCAGUGA